CUGCUUCUUCUUUCCAUCCAGGUUUUCUGUGAAAAACAUGUAUGCAUAAAUGAGUGUAACAUGUCCACCAAGGCCAGAAAAUAUUGAUCUCCAUCUUUUUUUUUUUUUUCUGAGUAGCAUUUUGCAGUCCUAACACACACCUCUCUGCAUUUACACUCUAAAUAAAUAAUGAGGCUGUCAUAUUUUCCAAAAGCAGGUGCAAAGAUUUGGACAUUGUUUUCUGCUGCCAAAUUGUCUCUUCUUGGAAAGCUGCAGGCCAAACGUCUGAUCAGGGAGAUCAGAGAAUCCUGUCCGUUUUAGUCUUUUUUUUUGUUCUCGUGAGACGUGCUAUAAUAAUUUCCACUCCUCUUUCUUCUUUUGUCCAGAUUUUGUGGGCUACCUGCAUGACUGUUACCAUGACAGCAUCUGGAGCCCAGCUCCUCCUGUUGGCCCUGUGUGUUUACAGAGGCUGGGGCCUGCAGUCUCCUCCGCGGGUCCAUCUCUCCUUCAAAGAACUUAUGGACACAAGGGCGGCACGACCCUUCAGUUUCACCUUCAACACCAGCGACUACCGCAUCCUCCAUAUGGAUCAGGAUCAGGGCCGUCUGUACCUGGGCAGCCGGGAGUACCUUGUAGCUCUGGACAUGCACAACGUCAACAAGGAGCCACUCAUAAUCCACUGGCCAGCAUCUGCUAAAAGAAAGGGAGAAUGUCAGAUGACAGGAAAGGGUAGACAGGGUGAAUGCGCCAACUUUGUUCGUUUGAUCGAGCCGUGGAACCGCACCCACCUCUACACCUGUGGAACGGGGGCGUACCAACCCAUCUGCACCUUCAUCAGCAGGGGCUGGAGGGCAGAGGACUACCUGUUUAGGCUGGUGCCUGGGUAUGUGGAUUCAGGGAAAGGAAAAUGCUCGUACGAUCCCAAACAGGAGAGCGUUGCAGUCCUGAUCAAUAGUAAUCUAUAUGCAGGGGUGCAUAUUGACUUCAUGAGCACAGAUGCUGCUCUGUUUAGGACCAUGGGAGGCAGAGCAGCGAUCAGGACAGAGCAGUAUGAUUCCAGGUGGUUGAACGAGCCUGUGUUUAUUCAGAUCCAACAGAUCCCUGACAGCGCAGAAAAGAACGAUGACAAACUUUACUUCUUCUUUCGUGAGAAGAGUCUCGACACCACUGGGGGAGCCAGCCCUACCGUUCUGGCCAGGGUGGGGAGAGUGUGCAUGAACGAUGAAGGAGGACAGAAGUCCCUGGUGAACCGCUGGACCACCUUCCUAAAAGCUCGCCUUAUCUGCUCGGUCAUAGGAGCCGAUGGGGUGGAGACCAGAUUUGACGAACUACGGGACGUGUUCAUUCAGCCAACGCAGGACGAACGAAACCCCAUGGUGUAUGCUCUCUUCACCACAGCGGGCUCCGUCUUCAAAGGCUCAGCGGUCUGCGUGUACUCAAUGGCUGACAUCCGCAAUGUCUUCAAUGGGCCUUUCGCCCAUAAGCAUGGACAUAACUAUCAGUGGACAGAGUACACUGGCAAGAUUCCCUAUCCUCGGCCUGGAACAUGUCCAGGAGGAACCUUCACUCCUGGCAUCACCUCCUCCAAGAAUUUUUCAGACGAAGCAGUCAAUUUCAUCAGGUCCCAUCCCCUCAUGUUUCACCCAGUUUAUCCUGUCCACCGGCGCCCCCUGGUGGUGCGAACGGCAGUGGACUACCGCUACACUGCUCUGGUGGUGGAUCAGGUGGAUGCUGUGGAUGGGCGCUAUGAGGUGCUCUUUUUGGGCACAGAUCGAGGCACUGUUCAGAAAGUUAUUGUCCUGCCUAAAGACCCAACAAGCAUGGAGGAACUGACUCUAGAGGAAGUGGAGGUUUUUCGGAGCAGAGCUCCUGUCAAAACAAUGAAGAUCUCCUCAAAAAGACAACAGCUGUACGUGUCGUCGGACGCCGGGCUGACGCAGGUGUCGCUGCACCGCUGCGGCGUCUAUGGCCGGGCCUGCUCUGACUGCUGUCUGGCUCGGGACCCCUACUGUGCUUGGGAUGGAGAGAGCUGCUCUGCCUUCACCCCAUCCACCAAAAGGAGGAGCAGAAGACAGGAUGUCAAACAUGGAGAUCCUCUGAGACAGUGCAGAGGCUUCAACGCCAAAGUAGAGAAACGUCUGAAAGAGACAGUGCAGUUCGGCGUGGAGGGCAGCAGCACUUUCCUGGAGUGUCAGCCUCGCUCCCCUCAGGCCACAGUGAAGUGGCUCUUCCAGAGAGAAGGAAAGAGGAAAGUGCUGAACCGAGCUGGAGGAGUUCUGAAGACCAACCACGGCAUCCUGCUGAAGUCUCUCAACCAGUCGGAUGCGGGGCUCUACCACUGCCUCGCCACAGAAAACAACUUCAAACACACGGUGGCUCGUGUGGCGUUGCGCAUCCUGGAUCGAGACAUUGUCCUAGCGCUCACCGCUCAAGAUGAGGACGAGGAGUUGAAAACUCGCCAGGCGCCCCCAUACCCACGCCCCCCGGACUCCUCCACCCCCUUUUCCUCUGAGAUUAGACUGAUUAACCAGUACUGCCAGACCUACUGGGAACCAGACAACACCCAACAGCAGCAGCAGCGCAAACGCACCAGCCGCAGGCACACAGAGAGCCAAGACCAGGGCCUCGGUUAGAACACGUCUGACUCGGACCUGUACGGACUUUAUGCUGAACUUUUCAUUUUGUGACUUCCACUCAUCACGUAAACGCUGGCAUCUCUCUGUUUCGGUAAAGAGUUGAUGGCUUUAAAGGUGUCAGCCCUGAAAGUUUACACAACUGAUGACCACAAGCUAAACAUUAUGCGUCUGUCAAUGCCAAAACACAGCUUUUAUUACCAUGUAAUGUCACUGUGGUUCAAAAAACAAAGAUAAACUAAUAGUCAAAAAUGGAAGCUGCUCAGUGAAAUAAAUCAUACAAGUUUGGAAAGAAUCUGACAAAAAAACGCAUGUUGCAAAAACAGAUUUGCUUUCUUUCAAGAAUUCUAAAAGUGUAAUAUAUUGAUUGUGGAUAUAAUAUAUGUGUUCUUGACUGUUCUACCAUUGUAUUGUAUGAAGCCUAUAAUGAUCUAAAUGCAUAUUUUGCAUGCAUAUUGUUGCUGUUUUUGCAAGUUGUACAUUUGACUGUCGUUCCGUUUUCAGACUUGCCAUGUUGCGAUCUUUGUGAGGUGUAAUGUAUUCUGUUAAGCUAAUUCCAAUGGAUGUGGAUGUAUAAUGUUUGCCCCAGUGUCCUGUGCUUUUGUGCGCUAUAGUGUGUGAAUAUUGAAGAUGUGUGUAGCAUACAGUGUUCUUCCGGUUAUGCACUUUGUUGGUGGUGGCAUUUGAGGGUAAUGGGGAUCUUUGCACAGAAAAAAAAAUCUCUUUUUUUUAUGUACAGCGUGUUAUGAAAUGGGUAAUGAAACUGGCUUAGCAGUAGUAAGGUUU